AUGACGGCAUCUUACGAGCCUGGGACGUUGGAGUCUCAAACUGAGCAUGGCCCACGACAUGUUCCGGUUACAGUUGACGAGGUCCCCGUCGAGACUUUCGACUACAGAGAUGCAGAGAAGGAGAAGGAUCCCUUGGAUGUUGAGGAAGAGAUCUAUGGACUUCGAGGCGUGGCUGCCUUCCUCGUCGUCUGCCAUCACUGGUCCUUGCUCACUUUCUCAAUGAGAAUACACAAGGGCUAUGGGUCAGACGCACAGCCUCUCUUCGUUCAACUCCCGAUCGUCCGCCUGUUUGUGUCCGGAUAUUGGGCAGUCUGCGUCUUCUUCGUCAUCUCUGGCUUCGCCCUCAGCUAUAAGCCCCUGAAGCUCCUUCACCAGAAGCGUCAGGCUGAUUUCGCCAUUGCCGCAGCAUCGGCUGCCUUUCGCCGCUUCAUUCGUAUAUUCGGCCCGCCAAUCAUCACAACGUUCCUCAUCGCUCUGAUGGUAUACAAUGGCUGGUUCGAGAAUAAAGGAAAAACUGCAUCGGGCACACCCUCUCUGAGGCCGCCAAAGGGAGAGACUCUUUCUGACCAGCUCCGACACUGGCUUAUGAGCACCAUCGGAUUCGCGGAUCCUUUGUCCAGAAACCUCCACAGAGGAGACAACUACAUCUACGACCCAGUUCUGUGGACCAUUCCCAUCGAAUUCGACUGCUCUCUGGUGAUCUUCAUGGCCCAUAUCGCCUUCUCGAGGCUUAGUUCCCGCGCCAGACUAUUUUUCCAUGUAUUCAUCGCUGGGUACGCCCUCUAUCUCGCCCGGUGGGAAUUCUUCCUCUUUCUGGCUGGACUACUCUGCGCCGACGUUCAUUUUCACCUCCAGUCGGUAUCACAAGAGACCUCGUACGAAGAUGGGGACAUGGAGAAUUUGCCCCUCUGGUCGAAACCAUGGCGCCGCGAUAGCUUCACACGAUUCCAGUACGCAAUCUCAUCUUCGCCGACACUUACUCGGCUCAGCCAAUCCCUCCCAUGGCGUCGUGAUAGCUUCACUCGCUUUCAGUCCGCAGUGUUCAGGACAUCUGGGCCAGCAUUCCCCGUUCUUAAGGCGUUCAUUGGCAUCGUCAGCUUUUUCGGCGCUCUAUGGCUGUUAUCCUGCCCUCAUUUGACCAAUGACGCAGCCAUCACCCCAGGCUACAAAACCCUCGCUGCCAUGGCGCCAUCCCAGUUUCCCCAGGCGGAUAAGUUCUGGAUACCGCUCGGCGCCGUCAUCCUCGUCUUCGCGGUCGACCGCACCCCUAUUCUACAGCGUCUCUUUACAAAUCGGUUUACACAAUAUCUCGGACGCAUCUCUUACGCUAUAUACCUCGUUCACGGCUCGUUGCUCUGGCUGUACGGGUGGCCUCUCAUCGCCUUCUUCAUGCCCUUGACAGGCUCUGGGACGAACGCUCAGUAUGGUUGGGGCGUCUUCCUGCCCACCAUUUGUUUCUUCCCUGUUGUGAUCUGUGUUGCGGACUUCGCGCAGAGAUUUGUCGACGCGAAGAUGGUAUCUUUCUCAGUUUGGUUCGAGAAGAAGCUCGUCUCGAAGGCAGCGUGA